UUGACCCGGAUGUGAAGACAGGAAGCGGAAGCACCAGUUGCUUCGCACGUGAAAAGUCCUCGUCUCCGAAAACACUGCUCGAGCAGGAUGGACAGCACCGAUGUGCCCUUGACGAAGCAUGUCAAAAGCAAGAAAAAGAAGAAUAAAAGUGGUGAGACGAAGGGUGCGGAACAUCCAGACAAGAUGGAAACCGGCGGCAUCGAGGUGAAAGAAGAGAAGACUGAGGCGGGGGUCUCCUUCCCACCGACGUUCAGUGUGUCUGAAAUCAAGAAUAAACAGCGAAGACACUUCAUGUUUAUGAGACUAAAGCAGGAGAAAAGAAAGCAAAAGAUGGAGCUGAAGAAAAAGAGGAAAAGACAAGAAAAACUUUUGGGCGACAGGGCACCACCUAAACAAGUCCCCAAGACAAUAGAAAACCAGAGAGUCUACGACGAAACGACAGUUGACCCGGAAGAUGAAGAGAUUGCGUUUGAUGAGGCAACAGAUGAAUUUUCUGCCUACUUCAAUGGCCUAACAAACCCCAAAGUGCUCAUCACAACGUCAGACAGACCCAGGGGGAGGACGGUGAAGUUCUGUGAGCAGCUGGGCACUGUUAUCCCAAACGCUCACGUCUACUACAGAAGAGGCUUGGCCCUGAAGAGGGUAAUUCCCCAGUGCAUCGCCAGGGACUUCACAUACCUCAUCGUCAUUAACGAGGACCGCAAAGUGCCGAAUGGUUUGGUUCUUUGUCACCUCCCUGAAGGGCCAACUGCACACUUCAAGGUCAGCAGUGUUCGACUACGGAAGGAGAUGAAGAGACGAGGUAAGGACCCAACCGAGCACACUCCAGAAGUGAUCCUGAACAACUUCACUACACGUUUGGGCCACAGCAUCGGCCGGAUGUUGGCUGCUCUUUUCCCUCAAAAUCCCCAGUUUGUGGGUCGCCAGGUUGCCACCUUCCACAACCAGAGAGACUUCAUCUUUUUCCGAUUUCACAGAUACAUCUUCAAGAACGAGAAGAAGGCCGGCAUUCAGGAGCUGGGACCUCGCUUCACUCUUAAGCUUCGCUCUCUGCAGAAAGGCACCUUCGAUUCGAAGUUUGGCGAGUAUGAGUGGGUCCUCAAGCGCCAUGAAAUGGAUGCCUGCAGGCGGAAAUUCCAGUUGUGAAGGCAAAAUCAUCUCUUCUGUGAUUACGCAAGGACAACUGUUUAUCCCACAGUUGUUUGUGGUUUCACUCAAAGUGACUGUAUUGUGAUUUUCGUGGCGCUUCAUACUUUGUGACCAACCUGUGAGAGCAGUUAGUCUUGAUUACGGAUUCAAUAUAGAUGAACGGAUUUUAUUCCGUUGCUCGUGCUUUUAACACACUACAAGGUGUGAAUCAUAUUUACUGAUGUUCAGCCCGUUUCAAAAAUGUCUCCUUGCAAGAAACCUGCUCCAAAAUGGCAAAUAGCAUCCAUCCAUUCUCUGUACCGCUUAUUCCUGCUAGUACCUUAUGUAUUAUAACUGUUAACUUGGGUGUGUGACAGCAUGUGGUGCUGUUGUACACUCUAUAUGUUUUAGUUAGACACACAUGGACAAUUGGGAAUACUUAUAUUGGGCUAACUGUUUUUCUUUGUUUUAAAACCAGAUAACAGGAAAAUACAAUUUUUAGAGAGCAAGAGUGAAAUGUGUGAAUAUUUAUUCUUUAAGUCAACCAUGAUAACUGUACAAUUAACAAGGCACGUGUUGGGAGGUAUAUGGUUAUUUUUUGUACACAAGGUCCUUGGUUUAUGAUGCUCCCGACAUAAUGUUUCGAGGUUAUGAAUGACGAAGCGGCGAAAGAAUACAUUGUCACACAGCAUAAUUACAUAAUUACUUAACUGUUUUUUAUUUGAUGGGCUUGUAUUCAUGGCCUAGGAGACUUUCACACAAAUAUUUACUCUUGAGAUUUCAAGGAUACGAAUGGCUUGUGAUUAACUGGUAGUUUGAAUAUGUGGUCAUGCAGCACAAGAUCUGCUCAGUCAUAAUUACUCUUUUGCAUGUUUAUAUG